AAAGCCGCUGGUGCCUAACCAUUCAAUCGCACAUAUUAACUCGUCGCGUAGACUUCGCAUCAACAGAAGCAGCCGUAGCAGCUAACAGCACUAGCCCCAUACCUAACCCGCCCCAUUGCAAGCCGCGCGCGCACUAAAUCUAAUGUACAAAACUGCAACAAAAGUUUACUAAUUAACUAACCCAGCAACAACUCAAACAAUUACAACGAAACCCAAAGAAAAAUCCCCCAAAACUCAUCAAAAAUUUGCAGAUAAAAAUUGUAAUUUUUUUCGAGUGCAACCAAAAUUGAGCUAAACCAAAAGUAAUCGAAACAAUCAACAGUUAAAGUAACUGUAACAGUGACAAAGAAAACAAAUCAAAAAGGUGCAAAGAACCGUUAAGAAGAACAUACAAAUGCAAACAUGUGCCACAAUUCGGGCAUUGAAAGUGAACAGAUCGAACGGUACAUGGCGUUCGGUCUGCCCCAGAAAGCCGUCAGAAGCGUAAAAUACACGAUGCGCAAACGCGAAAAGCAACAGCGUAAAGAAUUGCAAAAGCAACAACUACAGCAAUCGCAAAAUCUCAGCGAUGUCGAAGACAUUGACAUGGGUAGCAGUAGCAGUAGCAACAGCGACAGCGGAACUGAUAUUGACAUCAAGCACACAAGAACUGUGCCGCUGAAGAAGGAGAGCUUGGCAGAAACUAAAAUAGUGACAGAGACUGCAGCAGCAGCGGCGGCGGCUAUUGAAGCAGCCAUCCCUCAUAACAGCAGCAUUAGCAGCACCAACAACAACACCAGCAGCAGCAGCGACAUUUUGAAAAUUCCCAAAUUCUGUGGACGUUUUCGUAAAAUGCAACAACCACAAGAAGAACAGUCAGAGGCUGACAAGUCUGCACACCGCAGCCCCCUAGCAACAAACACAACAACAACAACGGCUGCGCUAACAGCACAACAACAGCGCAAACUCAGCUCGAUGGAGCCAUCGAUGGACGACGCUCUAGCAAUUGGCACACAAAUGACACGCAAAUUUGCUGAGCGCUGCCAUUGCCUGAUCGGCCAACUGCAAGGCAGUCGGCUGUACACAAUCCUGACGCGUACGACGCAGCCGGCGCAUUUUAUCGCUAUUUGCAUAUUAUCCUUUGUGCUAUUGACUGUUGGACCCGAUCUCACAACGACAACAACGACGACAAUGCACAGCAGCCAGUUGGCAACGGCAGCGAUACACACAACAACGACGCAGACACGCAAUGCCGACGUCAACGGCGCUGCUGCCGCCACAAUGGAAGGCAGCACGCUGGCAACCCUGGCAUAUCUGGGCGCAUUCGCUACCCACUUUGGUUCACAAAUCUGGAUGACCUUUGUCUCUGGGCUCUCACUGUAUUUCUCACUGCCGCGUCACACCUUCGGCCAGUGCCAGCAAAUCCUGUUCCCCAAGUAUUUUGCACUGAACGCUAUGCUGAGCAUCAGCAUGCUGAUCAUAUAUGUUAAAUAUUUUCUGAGCGGCUGGACAACGGCGGCAAGUGUCCAAAUAAGCGCCUUAGGGCUGACAGCUGCCAUUGAAGUGGUGGUGAGGCUAUAUCUGGCACCGCCCAUGCUCCGGUUGAUGCACGAGAAAUAUAGAAUCGAAGGCGCUAUCGGUAGCGGCCAAGAGGUGGGCAGCCUCGUCCAGGGCGAUCUGGUUGAGUGUCCGCACUAUCAGCGCAUACACAAGGCAUUCCGGCGCAUACACAUGACCAUUGCCAUUGGCAAUAUGAUUGUUUUAUUGGCCACCUGUCUGCAGUUGUAUUUUCUGGCAUUGAAAAUACGAAUUAGCUAAGACCCGAACCACACGGAGACCCCAAAUACAAGAAACGUAAUGCAGACACAAUUUCGGACAACGCCUGAAAGGCUGCACUGCUUUUUUGUCACCUCCCCCACUAACUCCAUCUCUCUCUCUAUCUCUAUCUCACACUCUCUUUAUAAUGCAAAAGAAUUUAAUAUCAUUAUAAAUGUUUGUAGCUAUUAAGUCACUAGACAUCCCAUACACACACAUACACGCACACACUCGCAUAUAAAAGCUAAUAUUACAACAAGUAGAACAAAAACAAUAAACUGGUUAAAAAAA